AUGGUUAUAGUGAGAUCCAAAAGAUUACUCCACCAGUAUAUCGUUGACGCUUACACAUCCAUAGAGCAAGAGAGGUUGCGGUGGUUCAGAUUGAACCAGAAGAAGAUCAGAGCAGACCUAUAUAACAAUGUACAAGAUGCUGUCAUGAAAGGGGAUACGGACGCAAAAUCAAUAGGAAAGCGAGUCAUAUUACCCGCAAGUUUUACAGGGAGCCCACGUUAUAUGGCUGAAAAGUAUCAUGAUGCGAUGGCAAUAUGUCGGUGGUAUGGGAAUCCAGACUUAUUCAUCACCAUUACAACCAAUCCUAAAUGGGAUGAGAUAUCUGACCACCUUAAAAUGUAUGGCUCUGAUGACCCUAAUGAUCGCCCAGACUUAGAAGCUAGGGUGUUCAAGAUGAAGCUUGAUGAGUUGAUUUCAGAUUUCAACAAAGGCAUCUUCUUUCCCCGUCCCAAAGCAGUUGUCUACACAAUUGAGUUUCAGAAGAGAGGGUUGCCACAUGCUCACAUACUUCUAUGGCUUGACGGUGACUUCAGAAAUCCAACAGCAUCAGAUAUUGACAAAAUCAUCUCAGCAGAACUCCCAGACAAAGAAAAAGAUCCAGAGGCUUAUGGUCUGAUGGAGCAACACAUGAUGCACGGCCCCUGUGGGGAAGACAGAAAAGCAUCUCCGUGCAUGGAGGAUGGUGUUUGCAGUAAAAAAUUUCCCCGCAGCUACGUUUCACACACUCAAGUUAAUGAGUCCGGCUACAUCUUAUACAGGCGACGACAGACAGAACAGUUUGUUUACAAGGGAAACAUCAAGCUUGACAAUCAAUUUGUUGUUCCCCACAAUCUCCAGAUCCUGAAAAAAUACAAGGCACAUGUCAAUGUCGAAUGGUGCAACAAAUCAAGCGCAAUCAAAUACCUGUUCAAGUACAUUACAAAGGGUGUUGAUAAAUCAUGCUUCAGGUUCCAAAAAAACCAAGACCAGUCUACUCAGUCGGAGACAAACAAAAAAGAAAAGCCGACCAAUGAGAUAGAUAAUUAUUUAGACGGGAGGUACCUUUCAGCAUGUGAAUCGAUGUGGAGAAUAUUUGAGUUUUCUAUUCACCACCACACCCCAGCGGUUCAGAAAAUGCCAGUACACCUCCCUGGAGAACAGACGGCUAUAUUUGAAGAAGAUGAGGACCUUGGGAAUGUCGAGAACCGAUACCUACAUGGCAGAACUAUGUUAACAGAGUGGUUUGAAAUGAACAGACUCUACGAAGAAGUCAGGAAAUUAAAGUACAUUGAGAUGCUACUUAUGUUUGUCUGGGAUAGUUCAAACAAGAUCUACACAAAAAGAAAGCAGAAAGGGACCAUUGGACGGAUUGUAAACAUUAACCCAGCAGCUGGUGAUAAAUAUUACUUGCGCAUUUUGGUCAGCGUAGUACGAGGCCCUACAUGCUAUGACGAUUUAUAUUCAGUGGGUGACAUCAAAUACAAUACUUUUCAAGAAGCCUGCUAUGCAAGAGGCUUGCUCGGCACAGACAAGGACUGGCAUGACUCGAUGUCAGAAGCAUCUCAAUUCUCAUCGCCAAGAUCUCUUCGCUACAUGUUCGUACUAAUCCUCGUCUUCUGUCAGGUCUCAGAACCAAAAAAACUAUGGGACCAUUCUUGGCAGGACAUGGCAGAAGAUGUUCUCAUGCAGCAGCUACGUCUACUUCGUUUCCCAGACCUCCAGCUAUCCCCCAAUGAACUACAACAGUACACACUUAUUGAAAUAGAAUGCUUGCUACAAAACUUCGAGAAGUCGUUAACUGAGUUUACGGGGAUGCCACUUCCAAAAAAAGCUGUUAUGGACCAAAUCAAACAUAAAGCUAUGGCGAGGCACGACCAGUUUGACAUAGCUGAGGAGGCCAUUAUCCACGAGAAGCUUUUUGACAAACUCAACCAUCAACAACGGGCAGUAUAUGAUGCAGUCAUCAAGUCCGUUUUUCAGAAGGAAGGCAGGUUAUUCUUCCUCUAUGGAGCAGGAGGUACAGGAAAGACAUUCCUAUACCGAGCCAUCAUAGCAGCUUUGCGAUCAAGCAGCAAGAAAGUCAUACCAGUCGCUUCCUCAGCAAUUGCCGCUCUUCUACUGCCUGGUGGUCGCACAGCACACUCCAGGUUUAAUAUUCCACUUAAGCUUUUUGAAGAUACUUACUGUGAAGUGAAAGCUGGAACAAUCCUCGCCAACUUCCUCAACGAAUCAGACCUCAUCAUCUGGGACGAAGCUCCAAUGGCACAUCGCCACACGUUUGAAGCUGUUGAUCGUACUCUAAGGGACAUUUUAGCAGUCACAGAUAAAACAACGUUGACAAAACCUUUUGGUGGCAAAACAGUACUUCUGGGAGGUGAUUUCCGCCAGAUUUUGCCAGUUAUUCCCCAAGGUACAAGACAAGAUACAGUCAACGCCGCUCUCAAUCGAUCGCACCUCUGGAACAACUGCGAAAUUUUUCUCCUGACGCAAAACAUGCGUGUAAAACCAGAAGAAAAAGCUUUUGCGGACUGGAUUCUUGAGGUCGGUGAUGGCAGAGCAGCAAAGGAACCUCAGAUCCUCGACGACUGUGCCCAACCAGAAGAUCAAAUUCUCAUAGACAAAACUAUCCUUCUGCCUAUAACCUCCACUCCUUUGGAGACUCUAUGUUCUUCUGCCUUUCCAGAUUUUGCAAACGACUACAAUGAUCUGUACAAAAUCAGAGAGACUGCCAUAUUAACACCAAGGAAUGUCACAGUUGAUGAAAUCAACAAUUAUUUGGUAUCAAAAGUUCCUGGAGAAGAGAAGGAGUACUUGAGUGCCGACAGCUUUGCGGAGGAAGAGAAACAUUCAGGAGACUUAGAUAUGACAUACCCGGUGGAAUAUCUAAACUCAUUGGAGUUUCCAGGUCUACCGGCGCAUAAACUACGUCUGAAAGUGGGUGUCCCAGUCAUGCUCCUGCGUAAUCUGAACCAAAAAGAAGGCUUAUGUAACGGCACAAGACUAAUAGUGACACACUUGGGGGAAAAGGUUAUUAAGACAGAAAUGCUCACAUCAACCACCAAGAGAGAUCCUAUUCUGCUACCACGGAUCAUAUUGUCACCACCAGAAUCCAACCAUCCAUUCACCUUGAAGCGACGCCAGUUUCCGAUAAGGGUUUGUUAUGCGAUGACAAUAAAUAAAAGCCAAGGACAGACUUUGUCACACGUCUCUCUAUACUUGCCUAAACCAGUCUUCAGCCAUGGUCAGCUAUACGUGGCACUGUCAAGAGUUACAACACCCAAAGGACUCAAAAUUUUAGACUUGAGCAGAGAUGGGGAUGAGAGUAGAACGAUAUCUAACAUAGUCUACAGAGAAGCCUACAACGGACUGCCUCAAUCUACCGAUGAGGUUGUGCAUCACCUGGAGCUUGAGGCUGAUCGUGAGGUGGAGAUGGAGCUUGACCGUGACCUUCAGGUUGAGCUUGACCUUGAGGUUGAGCUUCAGAAUGAGAGGGAGAAUGAUGUUGAGACUGACUUGGUUGUGCAUUAG